AUGGGGAACAUCUGGGAAUAUAACGGCUCCGCACUCAUUGGCAUCAAGGGGAAGGACUGCGUGGCUCUGGCUGCUGACAAGAGGCUUGGCUGUAGCUACCAAACGCUCACGAUAGGCAACGAGGAGCGUAUAUUCCGCCUUUCCCAGAGCUGUCUACUGGGGCUUGCAGGCUUGCAAACAGAUGUGCUCACGACUUACCGUCAGAUACGCAUGAAGAGUAACUUAUACCAUUUACAGGAAGACCGAGAGAUUCGUCCAAGAGCUACUGCCAAGAUGAUCUCCUCCUUUCUUUAUAAGCACAGGUUCGGGCCUUAUUUCAUCUCCCCAAUAAUAGCAGGCUUUGAGGCCGACGGAAAGCCCUACUUAGGAGCCAUGGACACAAUCGGCUGUCUGGAUGACUGCACCAACUUCCAAAUAGCGGGCACAGCCAGCGACUUCUUGCUUGGGCUGUGCGAGACACAUGUUAAGCCAGAUAUGAGCGAGGAUGAGAUUUUGCCAUUGAUGGAGCAGAUAAUAAGGUCGGCCACAAAUCGCGAUGCAUAUUCAGGCUGGGGAGCACAUGUUGUUGUUCUACGUCGAGAUGGUACCACUUCAGACAUACCGAUAUCCACCAGGAUGGAUUGA